AUGACUCCUCUUCAGGGACCCAUGACUCCUCUUCAGGGACCCAUGACUCCUCUUCAGGGACCCAUGACUCCUCUUCAGGGACCUAUGACUCCUCUUCAGGGACCCAUGACUCCACUUCAUGCACCCAUGACUCCACUUCAGGCACCUCUGACUCCUAUUACACCUUUAACACCUGUACCAUCUGCACAGACACCUCAUACACCUCCAGCAACCUCAGAUUCUUUACAGUCACAAGAACACACACUACAUAAAGCAUCACAAGAUCUUGAGAGUAAGGGUUCAUUUCCACAGAAAAGUCCUAGUGAGUCCAUGGGUUAUGAUGGACAGUAUAGUCCUAUGCCAGUCCUCCCCUCUGUACCUGGUCCAGUGAUGAGCCCCAUGCCACAAACACCAAUACAUAUACCACAGACACCUCCAAGCGUUAGCAGCAUUAUCUUGCAGAGUGGAAGACAAAGUGUGAAUUUGACAGAUGCUGAAAGGAAGUCUCCCACUUGCACAAUGCCAGUCACUCCAAAAAUUUCAGAGGCAUUAUCUCCUUGUUUAGAAGGGAUGAUAGAUCCAGCUAUAAAUACUACGAAGGCAAUGAUAAAUCAAGGGGUGAGUAAUUUUAGUGUUGAAUACAGUGUAAGUGAUCAAUCAGGAGUGGCUAAAGAUGGGUCACCACCAGUUUUUGCAACAGAAUCUGUGGCUACAACUACUUCAAACCCACAGAGUGAAGGUAAAGAUAUGAUGUCCAACAUCUCUACCCAACCCUCUGCAUCCCUAGCCUCCAGUAACAGUAACUCUACCUCAGCAAUAACUUCCAUGCCCUUGUCAGGAGAUGGGAAUAUUUUGAAGAGCUUAACUUCAUCAUUAGAUGAUACUAUGCUGACAAAGACAGCAACACAUCCACAAGGUGCAUCAGAUGCCUUGAAUUACAGUCCAGCAUAUCUGUCUUGUGUUACAACACACUCUACUGUCACAACUCCAGCAGAAACAUUGACAGUAUCAAUAGGCACAUCGUCUUCAGUGGCUAUGACUGUUCAGUCUGGGAGUGUAAAAGAUCUUAAUUCUAGUGGAACUGAGUAUCUUCAACAAGUGCCUGUAACAUCUGUUUCAUCAGCUUUAAAUAGUUCUCAGUCUGUAAUUUCACAAACACCCUCUGUAACUUGGUCUAAUCUCCCAACUUGUUCAGAGGUUUCAGGGGUCACAAGUCAUGGCAUGCAGAUGCCAACAAUCCUACCUUAUGGCAACAAUGCUCCUUCACUUGAUAAUACAUCUCAGCUGUCAGACACAGGCAAAACCACUGUAAGCAUCUUAAAAGCAACACUUUUAUCAGACUCAGGUAGAGGAGUUUCUCGUGUUGUACCCUCACCCUCUUGUAGAAAGGAGUCAGAGUCCCCUUUUUCAGCCAGUUUGAAUCCAAUACACUCUCAUAUUAAUACAUCAACUGGGUUAACUGGAUUGCUUCAACCAUUAAACGAAAAUUCUCAGGGUGAUCACACUUUAAAUCAAGAGAACAAGACAGUGGCUACUCCUCAUGAAACACCAUUAAUGUUUUCUGGUGGAAGUGUUCAGCAGUUAAGUGCAGGCACUCUUGUAGAAGAUGUACAGGGAAAUUUAAAUGUCACUCAGGGAACUUUCCCAGUAAAUACAAGUCAGGAGGCUGAAGUCCUGUCACAAGUUAUUUUAAUGCCAAGUCAAGUGCAAAUUAGUAUUCCACAAGGGACUGCUCCUGCAGUUAACUUACCGCUUGUAAUAGGUGCUGUUGUGUCUGACACUAGCACACAGCCUAAUGAGACUAUCACAUCAGUCCCGACUAGUAUUAUGGACGAACAGAAUCCAAAUCGUCCAGCUUUACUUUCUGGUAAUGUGUCAGAUAUGGUAAUUCCGUCAUUAAAUUCAUUGGAUUCCAGUGGUGCAAAUGCUAAUAUCAUAGGUGUGCCUUACACAGUACCCCUUCAUACUGUAGAAGGAAACAUUGAUUCUAGAAUGACAUCAGUCCAGCCAGAUGAAAUUUGUUAUGCAAAUAUACAAGAGCCUUUAGAUGUAGUUCAGCAAGCAUUCCAAUCAACUCUGCUUGAUAUAGAAGAUAAGCCAUCCAACAAGAUGUUUGCUGAGAUUGCUGAAGAAUUUAGUAAUCAGGAUUUCUGUUUACGUCUUCAGGAGACGACAGAAGUCCCACAAGUAGACACAGGUGAAAGUGAGGCAAAUCUGCAGAAUGUUCCUCUUUUCACACUUGAUAAGACCAAUAUCACACCAGUUCCACCUAGUGCAGUUCAGCUUGAUCUCCCUGCAGAUGACAGUCAGAAAGAUUCAUCAUGUAGCUCUCAGCCACCACAAUUGCCUCCUGUACUUUUACACUUCUUAGAGCAAGAAAUGCAGAGUGAUGCAGAAAAUAAAGAAAAUGAAAGUCAGAGUGUCACAAAAGAUAGUGAGGUUGCUUGUGACAAAGAUAAAUCAGGUAAUGACAAUGAAGGGAUUUCAGUUUGUAUGGAACCUCAGUCAAAAGAUGCCUUUUCAAAUGUAGUCAUUCCUGACGUUAAAUCUGUUUCAGAUGUACCAACACAAUUGGAGGAAAAAAAUGUACAUUUAGCACACACAGGUACAUCAUCACCUUUCACAUCAAACAUGCCUUUAGCACAGGUAACCUCAGUAUCAAAUUUAAUGCAGGAAACCCCAAAUUCCAGUAUAGCAGUAACAAAUCAACUCCCUCAAGUCAGUUAUUCAGCUGCAACCUCGCACUCAUUGGAUGUAGGUACAUGCACUCUCUUAACCCAGGUGACCACAGCUUCACAACUAACACCUUUGAUUCCACACUCUCAUUUGACUCAGACAACCACAGCUCCACUCUUGAUGCAUACUAAUAUCAGUCAACAUUUAACACCGUCACCUUUGGUCUCGCAUUUACCACAAAUAAGCUCAGCCACACAGCUAUCCCAAGCUUCAGCAACUUUAAUGCAGACAUCUGAAGCCCCUCAAAUAACACAAACCACUUUAGGUCCAGAAUCCACUCUAGGUCCACAGGUAGCAAAUAUCACUUCUUCCACUGAGUUACCACAUGGGGCUUCUAAUUCACAAGUAACACAUACUUCGUUGACUUCACCCAUUGUGCAGGCAACACACACUUCUUUGACUUCACCCAUUAUGCAGGCAACACAUGCUUCUUUGACUUCACCCAUUGUCCAGGCAACACAUGCUUCUUUGACUUCACCCAUUGUCCAGGCAACACAUGCUUCUUUGACUUCACCCAUUGUCCAGGCAACACAUACUUCUUUGACUUCACCCAUUGUCCAGGCAACACAUGCUUCUUUGACUUCACCCAUUGUCCAGGCAACACACACUUCUUUGACUUCACCCAGUGUGCAGACCACACACACUUCUUUGACUUCACCCAUCAUGCAGACAACACACACUUCUCUGAUUUCACCCAUUAUGCAGACAACACACACUUCUUUGACUUCACCCAUUGUGCAGACCACACACACUUCUUUGACUUCACCCAUUGUGCAGACAACACACACUUCUUUGACUUCACCCAUUAUGCAGAUGACCACAGCUUCACCAACAGUGUCAGUAACUUCAUCUCCAUUAAUGGCACAGGUACCAGUUUCAUCUCCACUGAAACAAAUUACAACUUCUCCUCAGUUCAUGUGUGUUCCCACAUCAUCGCAUUUGGCCAAUGCCCUGUCAAAGUCACAGUCUCCUCAUGUAUCGUCACCAUAUGCAGCUACAACUUUAGAAUUAACAGAAACUUUUUCACAUUCAUCCAACACAGCAGUAACUUCACCAUAUACACAAGCAUCACCCCUCAUGGUUCCAGAAUCUAACAAAGACACUUGUGUUUCGAAAGGUUUAGAGGGCCCAGAAAUAGCAACAGUUUCCACUUUCCUUCCUGUGUCAAAUCCACAUAUUUCGCCAAGGGAACAAUCUGCUUUGAAUGCACCUUUUUUUACCAAGGAAAAUGCCUCAUUUGGAGUGUCAUUAGGAGCAAAUGUGACAGAUGCUUUGAAGAUGAGUCACCAGUCACCAGCAAGUGAAAAGAAUGUGUCUGCAGAUAAAUUUUCUCCAUCAUCAGAAUCAUUACCUCUUGGUUCCACAGACCAACCUUUAGUAUCUGCCUAUCCUACUCAUGUAACUACAGGACCAACUGCACAAAUUAUGGGAACAGAGGUCACAGAGUCUGUUACAAAGUUAGUAUCUCCGAAAGCAGCUGAAUCAUUGACAGCAACUUCAGAGGCAGUACCAUUUAUGUCAUCAGUUGAGAAAAAUACAGAAUCAGUAGAUGGAGGAUUCUCUUUAAGAAGUGAUGUAGAUGAUGUAACAGUGUUGCCAUCACCAGGAAGAAUUCCAACACCAGCAAGUUCUUCAGUACAAGUGGUAACAUCUAAUAUGCAACCAGAAUUGAAUACAGAAGUUGCUGUGGAACCUAAGAGUUCUGAAGCAUCAGAUGUGGGUUUGUCCUCAACACAGAAUUUUGUCCAGAUGCCUAGUGUGAGGGCACAAACACCAGCUGCAAUUGCAAGAAUUUUAACUCCAGUUUCACUGACAAGACCUGUGACACCUGUAUUACUGACAUCAAAUUCUGCUGUUGCACAGGUGUCAUCUCCACAAACUACAUCACCGAGUACUGUCGUAACAGCAUCAUCCUCAGCUUUACUUACCACCAUGUCCACAGCUACUUCUCCAAGUGUUUCAUCAGUUACUUCAUUAGGGGAAAUAACAUAUUCAGCAGCAAGCAUAACUCCCAUGUCCUCAACAGCCUCUCUACUGCUGCCAGCCACAUCUGAAUCGUCUUCAGAUGGAGUCAGGCCUAGUUCUAGGGAAGGCUCUUUAAUGCCGCUGUUCUCAUCAGCUGAUAAUCCAAGCAAAGUUGUUCCUGUGCCACUUACAACACAUAAAUUACAAAAUCUGAAUUCAAAGGUACCAGCAGGAGCACCUGAUACUAUCAUUACUAGUGUACCUAAUCCUCUGACAUCACCUUAUGAUGUUGCCAGACCUCUCUCUGAAAGUAGGAAAAUCUUACCUGUAAUGAGCAUGCCACCAGGAUCAUCUCCCAGUGCAUCAGGGGUGGUACUAGAUAAUACAGUUGUUUCUUCAAUACCAAGAGUGAGUAGUGUUCCUAUUACAAGUAUAAUGCCCUCUGCAUCUGGGGCAUCAUCUGAAGCUAGCAUUAUAACAACAAGAAUUCACCAUGGAGGUAUAAUGAAUACUUUGUCACUGGAUUCCUCAUUGGCAAACAAAUCUGUAGCGCCAGUUGAUUCUGGAUCUCGCUACUUAUCAGUCAGUGGAUCUCACCAGUUUCAGCAUGAUCCGUCUUUCCCAGAACUUCAGGCUAGAUUGGUUGGAACUGCUCCAACUCCUAAACCUAUAACAGCACAAACAGAACUUGAUUCUGCCUCUGGUGAAGGGUUUUCAGCACCAUACAGCAGCCACAUGUAUCCAAAUGCAGUACAGAUUAUGGGAGAGGGAAGCCAGAGGCCACCCAGUAUAUCUGCAGAGUCCCCAUCCCACCAUUUGUCACGUCCAUUUCAAACUCAUUUUAAGAAGCAAUUAAUAUCAUCAACUCAGAAUUCUACAACAGUUGAAGGAGUAGCACAUGAAGAACAACCCAAAUCCACGGAUCCCAGUCAAAAGCAUGAUCAGGGCAGUUUAGGUCGGCUCCCACAUCAUGAGUCUGCUCCAGUUUCUCAGCCAAAUCCACAGCCAAACAGGUUUGAAGCAUACCAGUCAUCCAGCACUUGUAGUUACGCAGGUCUUGUCCCACGACCAGGAGCUCUUCUUGAACCUUCUUUCCUGAAAAUGAAUCAGGCAGUUCCACAACCUGUUAUCCUCAGCCAGAAUAGACAAGUCCCUAUAGGACACCCAGUUGGUGCACCAGGUCCUAGCCCAGUGGUGGAGCAUGACACAAGAUCUGUUGAUUCUCUUGGUUCUGUUGAGUUACCUCAAACGCUUCCUAGCCACCUGUCCGGUACUGAUCUUGAUGAUCGGUUGCCAGCAACCCCAUAUGGACAUAUUCGAUUGAUCAGAGGUUCUCCUGCAUCUUCAUCUAGCUCAAAGAGCAGAUCAGAUUGGUCAAGAGAAAGCACACCCAGUGUAAACUCCUUCAAAAUCCCAUCAUCUUCUCCAUACUCAGACCCUCAAACUCCGCAGACUUCCCCUCUGUCUCUUGUUAUUCAGAAAGUUAAUAGUGGUGGCAACCCCAUCUCUACCAUACUCCAUGAUGACUUAAUCAGUAGGUCUAAUGUUCAAAGUGGUACUGAAGUAGCACCUCGAGAGUCUCAGCAAACUCCAUUAAGCUAUUUACCUGCACCUUUACCUCUUCCUGUACAAGAGAUUUCUGUACGUGAUAAACGUUUUGUUCCCAUACGAAAGAGAAGUGUCCAGAUAGUAUCUGAGGAUAAUAAAGACUCAGAAAUUCAAUGUCAAGGAACAUUUACUUCUCAGGCCCAAGUUGUGUCACUGGUACGAGUGACUCCGAGUCCUGCCUCAUGUAAAGAGAAUGAUAUUAAACCACCCGAAGAAAGUGUGCUGUCCAUGGCUCCACCCAGUGUUCCUGGCAUCACACCUUUAUUACCUCACCCAAGGUACCAUCCUCAUCCUCUGAAAUUGAGACCAGAAUUGGGAGGUAGAGCCAUUCAGAUGUACAAGGAAAGGCCAAUUAUGAGAGGCUCAAUAUUGACGACAUCAAAGGCAGCCCCACCCCCUCUACUCAGCCCAGGUAGCCAUGGGCAUCGUGCUGGGGUGUAUCCACCACAACAACCACCUAACAGGCCACACAUAGGGGCAAAAGAGGACUUAACAUCACAGAAUAUGGGAAAAGAAGACCAAGGUCAUCCAUUUUGGAGGUAUGGUUCUAGCUCAGAAUUGAGAGAGUCACCUUUUCAGAUGGACCCAGCUUUGAUUCCCUUACGGUGGCCUGGUAUGUCAAGUGAAAUUGCAGCACAGCUGAAAGCACCCCAAAAUCUUGCUCCCUUAUAUCGACCUGGAAUUAACUCUUAUCACUUUCGUGGGGGCUUUGCACAGGGAUCUCUUAUACCUCCUAAUUAUCCAUCUCAGAUAUUUCAACAGCCCUGCAGUUUACCAGAGGGGCACAGACCACAUAGUAAUGAAACUGCAGUAAAACCAGACUGUGUGAAGGAAACCAAGCCAAGUCAGGAAGUUUCACCAGAUGAUAGUCCUAUCAAUGUUGUGGAUGAAGCACCAGAACUAUUGCCUGCAAGCUCAAUUGGUUCUGAAGGAUCAAAAUUAGAGGGGUUAGGAAAGUCCUUACAACACCACCUCACGUCCCAAAAACUUCUUACUGAUGGAAAAGCAAAGGUACCCCUCACUAGCCCAGUAGUUCAUCAGAAUAGUUCAAAUCUUCAUGAAACAACAUCACACACUGGUGUGUAUGGGUUACCUCGUUCUGUGCCAGAAUCCAUUUUGAAAAGUUCUCUUGCAGGAAGUGCACUCUCAGGAAGUCUUUUCCCAAAUGCCAUUAUGUCAGGAAAUAGUAAUAACUCUGUUAUUGGAAACACUGGGGGAGGAUCUUUAAGUUGUAGUGCUAGUAAUGCUGUUAGUAAUAACAUCAUUGAAACAGUAAAUAGCCUUGAAGGGACAGCAAAUGUUAGCACAAGUGGUGGUUCAUUAACAUCCCAAGAUGAUGAAUGUAGUGCAUCUGUGAGACAGUUGUACCCAACAACAGGAGAUUUGCAUGAUGAUGCUCGUCAUGAACAAGCAGGAAAACUGGGAAAAUUCUUAAAGAGAGUUAACAGAGGUUCGGUAGAUCACCCACGAACUGAGGCUAGCACUCCUGUCAGCAUAAUUGGUGGAGAAGAUGCAGCAUGUGUUGGUACAUCUGUUGCUGACCAAAUUAUGGAAGAUGCUCCCUCUACUGCAAAGGAAGAGCAGGAGGCACCAGGAAAGGAAAGUACACAUUGUUUCAAAGAACCAAAUUUUGAAGUAAGUUUAUCAGAGACUCAGUUGCGAGAUUUACGGAGUAUUCACCAAGAUCAGGAAACAGACCGCCAAUUCAGUAGAGGAUUCAAGAAGAGCAUUUCGCAUGAUGAUGCUCGUCAUGAACAAGCAGGAAAACUGGGAAAAUUCUUAAAGAGAGUUAACAGAGGUUCGGUAGAUCACCCACGAACUGAGGCUAGCACUCCUGUCAGCAUAAUUGGUGGAGAAGAUGCAGCAUGUGUUGGUACAUCUGUUGCUGACCAAAUUAUGGAAGAUGCUCCCUCUACUGCAAAGGAAGAGCAGGAGGCACCAGGAAAGGAAAGUACACAUUGUUUCAAAGAACCAAAUUUUGAAGUAAGUUUAUCAGAGACUCAGUUGCGAGAUUUACGGAGUAUCCACCAAGAUCAGGAAACAGACCGCCAAUUCAGUAGAGGAUUCAAGAAGAGCAUUUCUUCAAAGUUUGAGGAUGACAAUGCAGCCACAGAAGUUGAUGUUGUGACUCCUUGCAAAUUUGGAGAUGCUCCCUCUACUGCAAAGGAAGAGCAGGAGGCACCAGGAAAGGAAAGUACACAUUGUUUCAAAGAACCAAAUUUUGAAGUAAGUUUAUCAGAGACUCAGUUGCGAGAUUUACGGAGUAUUCACCAAGAUCAGGAAACAGACCGCCAAUUCAGUAGAGGAUUCAAGAAGAGCAUUUCUUCAAAGUUUGAGGAUGACAAUGCAGCCACAGAAGUUGAUGUUGUGACUGUACCUGAAGAAAAUUCAAAAACUUCUCAGGAAACAGAAAAUAAUCCAAUCAUCCAGAAAAGCCUUCAUUCAGAUAACAUCAGUGAAACACUGUCUAUUCUACAAGGUAUUGUUGAGACAUCAAGAGAGCAGUUCAUUUUAGAAGACUUGGAUGAAGAUUCUCAGAAACAGGACAGUAGCAAGGCAGCAAAAGAGGUCGACUUAACUCAGGUAGGAAAAUCAUCAGUGGACCGGUUAAAAGGCUUUGAGUCUUCUUUCCAUGCCUUAAAAGCUAACCUACUACAGGAGCAUGAUGAUAGUGAUGCUGAUUCUGGUCGUAAUAUGGCUGGAUGUAGAAUUAUAACGAGGCGGAGUAGCUCAUCUAGCCAAGCAAGUGAUACAUCACGUUUCUCUGCGAACUCUCCGCCUCCAUGCUCCCUCCCAAGAUCCUCAGAUGGUGAGAAUACAGAAGAUGAAAUGCCACAGGCAUCUAAGGAAUUGACAACAGCUGAAGAGAAAUCAGUACCAACAGUUGCUACUUGCAGUCAGGGUAGUAACAAUCAGAUCUCAGCUGAUGGGCCAGCUAUUUCAUGUAAAGCAGAUGUUGAGGAGCCAAGUGUAGAUAUCAGAGAUCCAUCAGCAGAAAUGAGAAGUGAACUUGUUUCAUUAUCAGAAUGUUGCAAUGAAGAUCAAGAGGUAGAGAGCGAAGUUGAGAAAUCAGGAUCAGUAGACCAUCAAGAUCCAAAAGUAGUGACAGAACCUGAUAUUCCGGCAUCAAGAUCACCUGCUUUAGAUUCCUCUCAGAAACCUGACAGUAUCACUUUGUCUGUUGAUGUUUCUAAGUCGAGCUUGGUCUCCCAGAGCAAUUUAUCAGCUAGAGAGGUGUCUGAUGAUCAACCAAUCAGUGAAUCCCUCACAGGAAAAGAAAUUGGAGAAAGUACCCCAGUUCAUGAGCAGAAUAUAGUUUCAAGUGACCAGAGUGUAAGUGCUUCUGUGAUAGUUCCUGCUGAUACUGAAGUCGAGAGACCAAAGUUAGUUUUGAAAUUGAAAACGCCCAUCAAAAGGACACCAACAAAGGGAGCACUGAAAGCUUUUAGUGAAGAACUGAUCCAAAAGGUGGUUGAAACUAGCACCCCAGACAGUAGCUCAGAAGUAACAUCCACAACACCAGAUAACCCAAUUGUUUACAAGAAGUCACGAGGAAGACCACCCAAAAAGUGCAAAACUUUACCACCCAAGAAGAGUCAGUACACCAGAGUUACACAGCCAGAAGCUCCUGCAACUCCCAUAGAUGAAACAAAUACACAGAAAAAUUCUGUAGUGAAGGAAAAUAGAAUGCAAGGGUUAUCUAAUAAAAAAGAUAAUUCAGGAAUUGUUUUUUCAAAACCAGAACCAGCUCCUCCAACACGUUUGAGAGGUAGGCGUGCAUGUGCAAAUGUCUCAUAUGCAAAAUUCUUUGAUGCUGAUGCACUAACUCCAUCUGCUAAGGUUCUGCCACCUGUGCCUCAAUUCACAAAUAUGAAUGACCAACUUUCAGGAAGUGUUCAGCCAUCCCCUAAUAUAUCAAAUGUAAUGCAGUCACCUGUUAGUGCAGGUCAGCCUGUAAAAAGACGUCGGGGAAGGCCAAAAAAGAUAAAUAAAGAACAAGAACAACAAAGACUACAAACAUUGCCAGAUGUACCUACAACACCAGCUGUUACACCAUUUCUUGCUGAAAAUGUCUCUACAAAGGAAAAUUCAAAUUCAUCGAUCUUGGGCUCUGAUUCCGCCAAUGAUAGUUUAACAACAAUAAAUCUCAGUGAAUUACAUGAUAGUGUAAACCUCUCAGAUGAUACAGAUAAUCCUACUCCAACAAAGAAGGGAAGAAUGCAAACACAAAGGAAGUUGGCUGCUCAAUUCCCCAAUGAAUCUCUUCCUAAUGAAAACUUGGAAAAUGACAGUAAUACCACUGAAACCUUAGAAGCUGGUGUAAUGUCUGGCAAAACAACUGAACUUGCAGGUGAAUCUCAACCAUCAGAUAUACCAUCUCCCCAGCUUACUGUAGUAGGCAAUAAAGAAUCAAAAUUGAAGAUCACCAUCAGACGUACAGCAGGGGGAAAGAGGACUGCAGAUAGCACUUUCAAGAAGCCGCCAAGAAAGAGAAAGAGAAAUGAUGAAAAUCCAGCAAGUAUUGAAAAUGUAAGCUCUUCCAUGACUGUAGAUCGUCAGCUGAGUAACCUCGAUGGCAAGGAGUCACCAGAGGCUUUCCCACUCCACUGUGACCCUCACGAUCCUCUUGGCAUUGACUGUUCUGAGGAGACUGGAGGACUGAGUAAGGCGGGCAGUAAGAAUAUUUAUGAAUUUGAUGAAGAUGUCAGUGAUGAAGAUGUUCCUGUUGCUCAGAGGCUAAAGAGCUGGGGCAAGACGAGCAACCCCAUGUAUAGGAGAGCAAGGAAAAUUGUGCAGAAUGCCAUAAGAACUCCAGUAAGAGAUCCAAAUUUCAGUUACUUAAGAACCCCAUCUCGUACACCCUGCCAUACCCCAGGUUAUAUGACUCCUUCCUAUAUUUCAAUGCCAUAUCCAAUUUAUACCCCAGAACACAGAGUAACCUAUUCAGGCCCUGGAUCAACACCUCGUGGAGGUUUGAAGAUUCGCUUGCGGAAAAAGCCACGCCCAGAGCAACUUAUUCUCAGGAUCAAGAAACGUAGUAUUGGAGAAAAAGCUCAACUUCAGCCAGCUGUACCCUCUAAGUCUACUGUUGAUAGUACCUCAUCUAGUAGAGUUGAGGAAGAGAAUAAUAAUAGCAAAGAAAAAGAUGGUAAAGAUACAGGAAGCACCAGUACAUCUUGCUGUGAUGACCAGGUACCUAAUUCCAGAGAUAUUCAAGCAAGCACCUCUGAGAAAAGUGAACAUGCAUCACACAAAGCUGCAUCAGCUUCUGCAUCUCACUCAAGUAUCAUUAAACAGUCAGUUACUAAAGAGAAGGAUUCAGGCUCAAGCAAACGAGGACUUCCAACGCUUAUCAUCAAGAAGUCGGCUGUGUCUGGCUUUUCAUCAUCGCUUGAGGCCAGUGAUAAACAAAAGGGUUCAUUAAAAAGGUUAAAACAAACAGAGGAUGGAUUUGUGAUUCCAGCAACUCCAGUGCUGAGACUGAAACGUUGCAAUUCACACUGGGAACAGAAUGAAGAAAUUAUUAUAAAAGAUAGGAGUGAGGACGAACCCUCAGAUAUAGAUCAGAGUGCAUCAUAUGACACAGACGUUACAACUGAUAAUAAUGAUGGAGCAACUACUGAUGGAGGUGUGACAGAAUCUGAAAAUGCUGAUGAGAUGAUUGGCAUUGCUAAGGUACCUCCAGUGCUGCAGACACCUUGCAAAAUCAAAAUUAAGCCUCCAGUUCCACCAGAUCCUAUCAAAGAAACAGUUCACAAACUUGAUCUUGCCAGUGAAGGAGGCUCUAGACCUAGUAAUGAGAAAGAAAAAAUUACUGACACCCAAGCAAAGGAGCUGGAAGAUCAGUUGCGCAUACUUGAUGCACCUGUGUCAUCGGAAGGUGUAGCAGUUGGCAGUCUUGUUGCUGAUUCCUCUAAUAUCAUCAAGAAACACACAUUGCAGCAAGAUCAAACACCACAGACAAAUAUGGAAAAAGCCCAGUCUCCAGAAGUAUGCACACAGCAUGACAAGAAGGAAUAUGAUCUUGGAAAACAACCUAAGGAAACACAGAACAGUAGAGAUGAAAAUAAACAGAAAGACAUAACACAACAAACAGAAAUUUUGCAGAAUAUUCCAACACCACCCAGUUCUGUUUCAGUAGCAGAAACAUCCCCAACACAAAAUUCAGUAACACAGACAUCUCUGCAAACUACAACUCAGCCAUCAUUUUCACCAAAACCUUCACAAUCCACAGUAGUAUAUAGUUCAGUAGGAAAAGAAGUAUUUUCAUUACCUCAGACAACCAAAUCAUGCAUGCCACAGAAUCUGUCAGAGGAGGGUGACAAAAGUAAACAUAUGAAACAAUCAUCAACAGUACAAUCAUCACUAGUUAAAACUACAUCUCCAGUUCCUACACCCAUUCAGCAUGGUACACCUACAGGGACACCUCAUCCUGGUCGGUCUGUGAGAGUGGACUCUGUGGAAUUGGAGUUGGCUGCUAUCUUGGGUUCACCAAAUAAAAGCUCUGAGAGGAUUGAAACACCAGAUGCAAGAACAAUGAAUGAUGAAGAUCUUGAAGCUUUAUUGUUAGGAGAUAAAAGCAACAGUUCUGUUAGAAGUGAAACACCAACAACACUACAAGAUGUCAUUGAUAAAAAAAAGAGCUCCUCUGACAGUGUUGAAAAGCAGUCAUUAGCUUCUGAAGUAUACGAUCACUUACCUUGUGAAGAUUCUGAUCACCAGAUGAGUUCGUCACCUGAGCUAUUUUCUAAGGAUACGAAUUGCAUGUUUCCUGGCCCUAUAGAUUUGUCCGUUCACACUUUAAUGGUCAGGGAUAGGAAGCUUAAAACUCCGCCCAAAGUUCUUUUGCAAAAGCUUUCUCCCAAAGUGAUAGGAACCCUUGAAAGAACAUCAAGCUCUUCUCCAGAAGCAAAUGUUAGUGCACCUAAAAAAUUUACAAGGAGAGCCCAAAAACUUUUAUCAACACAGGUGGUUAAGCCGACACAGGAAGAUACUGAGAAAGAUUGCAAAGCAUUGCCUGACAAAUUUGGAGUCCGAGAAAAUGUAAAAAAGAGAAUUCUAGCAAGUCCCCCUGAAAGUUUACUUGUAAAGAAACCACGAAGAAGUGAAAGAAAUAUCAGAUCAGAAGGUGCAGUUCCAAUGGAGGCAAAAUUAAAUAUGAUUUUAAAAGAGAGAAGAUCUCAAUAUUCAAAAAGUAAAGACAGUAGCAGCUUGGAUUCAAGUACUGAAGAACUGAUGUUUGUUCAGGACACCGAACCACAAGAUGAGAAUGGGUCUUCUGAAGCUCCAAUCAAUGAAUCUGAACCCAAAGAAAAAUUGGAUAGUGAUAAAGAUGGUAAGGAUAACACCGGAGAUAAGACUGUGGAAGAUGCUGAUGUCUUGCCAUCAGUACAUAGUUCAUUUUGUGAAACUGAAAGUCCACACAGUGAAAAUGUUAAAGAAAACCCAGUUUUGGGGAGUGAAGAAAAAUGUAUUUCCAGCAAAAACAGUGGGGCACAAGAGCAGUUAAGUUACAUUAAAAGUGUAAGCCUUCAUACUGAUGACAGCAAUUCGAGCAACCUGGAAGAAAGCUUGAACUCAGAUAUUGAGAGCUCAAGUGUAAGAAGUGAUAGCUCAAAAAGCAAAGAUCAGGAGGCUAUGGAAGAGGCUCAGCAAAAGGAACCAGAAACAAGGAUGACCUUGAGGCAAAGCAGCAGACUACGAAGGCAGCCACUUCAUGUACCUCAUCGCCGUGGUAGAGGCCGUGGUAGAGGAAUCUCGCGCCCAAAACGCACCAGAAUAAAGACCUUAGCAGUUAUUAAUUCCUCUACUGAUUCCCAGGAUGAGAAUGAUACUGGUUUUACAUCAGGCAGAAGGCAUGCAGCAAGGCUUGGACCACGGAAGCAUUUGAGAAAUCUAAGAAAGCAGAGGCAAGUUAGUACAGAUGAUGAUGAUGGAUUCAGUGAUCCAGAUGUGAACAAGAAGACAGCCAAAAAUCUGAUCUUUAACAAUGCAACUUUCCAAGCAAUGUUGAAGAGAAGCAGUUCGAAAAUUAUUUUAGAUGAUGCUGAAGAAGAGGAGAAAAGCCAAGAUGUGCAUUCACCCCAACAGCCAGUUUUGACAAAAUCACCCCAGAGCAAAAAUGAAGAUCAAGCUGAUGGUCAGGAAACUAGGAAUUCUGAUGAUGUUAGUCCAAAGGUUGGUGAAAGUAAUGUGAAAGAUACAAAGUCAACACCAAGUGUUGAGUCGGAUGGAAGUCAGCUUACAGAAAAUCCCAAAGAAAAUGUACCUAAGAAAACAGCAAGAACUGAAGAAGUCAGUGAAAGUAUAACAUGCAUAACUAAAAGACUGAACAAUAGGGAGUCAGCUAAUUCAGAUAAGAAUAUUAAAUUACCUGUUAGCAAAAUUAUAGCUGAAAGAUCACAAGGAGAAGCACAAGAACACAAACAAGAUACAGACAAGAGACUAGAUGAAAAUUGUGAUUCUGAGAAUGCUGAUCAUAAAGAUAGUUCUACACAAGGGGGAGGUCAAGACAGACUGGCACCAGCAGCACAUAGUGAACGAAAUUUGGAUGAUGACAUAGAAGAAACUCUAAGAAGGUUAGAUGGUCCCUCACCACACACUGUACUAAGGAGUCCACCCCAACAAGAGCGGAAUAGUACUAGAAAGCUUAUGACCGAGGCAUCAGGAGACCAAGCGAGAAAAGAGACAGAGUCUAGCACAAAUGAAACUGAUAUUAAGAAUAAUGUAGAAAGUAAUUUAGAAUUCAAGAAAGAGGUAGGAAGAAAGGAAACAUCAGAUCAAGAUGAUGAAAUUUUGAAAACAUCAGAAAUUAUUGUAUUAUCUGAACAGCCUAUGGCAUCCAACCUCAAGCCAUCCACAAGUAAAGAACAAGAAAAAUCUGAACAGUUGGCUGUGGAAGAUUCAUUAAAAGAAGCAGAGGGAAGCUUGAAUGCUGAAAGUAGUAAGGUAAUGUGUCAAGAUACACCUGCUCUCUCAAUUGCAGCGACAUCUAACAUUGUAUCUGAAAACACUAAUCAUGGAAAAGAGAGCUCCAGUGACAAUGGAAGUACGAACAUCAACACUAAAGAUGAAGAAAACAGCCAUGGAGAAAGUGGCACAGGGGGUGAUGGAGAUGGCGAUGGAAAUGAUUCGGGGAGCAGUAGUAACAGUCCUGUGAGAAAUAUUCCUCUGAAGCCUGUGCAGUACAGUGACGGCAUCAACGAUCACGACUCAGAGUAUCAUGACUCCAUGUGGAAUAUGGCCUUCCUCACACCAGAACGAAGGGAGAGGGAUGAGAUAUCUCCGCCUCAACCAAGCUCUCCAGGGCGCUCAGACUCAAACAUCAGAAGGAACCUUUCAAGACAGCAGUUAUAUCCAGCAAUUGUAACACUACAGCCUGGAAGCUUUGAAAGCCCUGUGAGAAGAGAGCGAUCUGAUUCGUCAUCCAAUCUUCACAUACCCUCAUUCAGCGAGAUGGAAGAAAGGGGCCCAAGUGGCGACGAAAAUGUGGAAAUCAUUUUUGAGAAGAAGAAUAGUGCAAAAGAGAAAGAAUGUGCAAUAACCAAAGAGCAAAGACUCGAUGACAAUCAACAAGUUUGCAGCAGGGACGGAGGUAGCAGUGUUAGUGGUGAAGACUGUGCGAGUCAGUCGAUAAGUAGUGUAGUAGUAGAAGGGCAGGAAAAAGUUCUUAAAGCAUUAGAUGAUAAGGAAAACUCACCAGGAGAAGAAUUGGAAAUGUUACAUGGUAUAGAAAUUUCAUCUGAUUCCCCACCAAGUGAGAGUAUUAAAGGAACCCAUAGCUCAUCAGCCAUCAGUGAGCUGAACAAAGAUUUGUGUGCAAUUUCACCAAAGGAUUUAGGUAAACACUCACAGAUUUCCUCAGACAUGACAGGCAAUUCAAGCGAUGUUCCCGAGAAAGACUCAGAUAAAGUUCCCGAAAAAGAUUCAGAUAAAGUUCCCGAGAAAGUCUCAGAUAAAGUUCCUGAGAAAGACUCAGAUAAAGUUCCUGAGAAAGACUCAGAUAAAGUUCCCGAGAAAGACUCAGAUAAAGUUCCUGAGAAAGACUCAGAUAAAGUUCCCGAGAAAGACUCGGAUAAAGUUGAAAGUCCAGCGAAGGACCCCAGUAAGACUCCACCAACUGAUGCCACUGAUGAUGUACUGGAGAAGUCAACCAGAAGUGAAGAGGAGUCAUGUAUCAAUCCAACAAAGGAUCUUUCUUUGGGAAAUAGUGAUGAAAUAAAACAAAAGAACUCUGCUGAAGCAACUGGAAAGGACACCAACAAGGAUCGAGGGCUGCUGCAACCCUGUGACACCUUAGCAAAGGAUACCAGUGUAUUGGUUGUGAAGGACCCGGCGGAAGAAUCCAUUGAAAUUUCGGUCGAGGCUUCUGGUGAAGUUUCGUCAAAGGGCUCCAACGAAUUUUCGGGGAAAGAGUCCACUGAUGCUUCUUUGAAGAACUCCAGUGAAGUUUCAGGAAAGGCUUCUCUCAAAAUUUCAGUAAAGGACUCCAGUGAAGUUUCAUUAAAGGACUCUCAAGAAGUUUCAGUAGAGGACUCUAGUGAAAGUUCACUGAAGAACUCUAGUGAAGUUUCAGAGAAGGACUCCAGUGAAGUUUCAGGGAAGGACUCUCAUGAAGUUUCAGGGAAGGACUCUCAUGAAGUUUCAGAGAAGGACUCCAGUGAAGUUUCAGGGAAGGUCUCUCAUGAAGUUUCAGUGAAGGACUCUUGUGGUUUUUCAUUAAAGGACUCUGGUAGAGCUUCAUCAAAGGACUCCAGUGAUGUUUCAGCAAAGGACUCCAGUGAUGUUUCAGCAAAGGACUCCAGUGAUGCUUCAGCAAUGAACUCGAGUAAUGCUUCAGCAAAGGACUCCAGUGAUGCUUCAGCAAAGGACUCUAGUGAUGCUUCAUCAAAGGACUCCAGUGAUGCUUCAGCAAAGGACUCUAGUGAUGCUUCAUCAAAGGACUCCAGUGAUGCUUCAUCAGAGGACCCCAAUGAAGUUUCUGGAAAAGAUUCCACUGAAAUUUUAUCACGGGACUCAAAUGAGGUUUCAGUGAAGGACUCCAGUGAUGAUUCAUCAAAGGACUGCAAUAUUGCUUCAUCCAAGGACACCAUUGAAACUUCCAGAAAGGAGUCCACUGAAGUUUUAUCAAUGGACUCCAGUAAAAUUUCAGAAAAGAAUGCCUGUGAAGUUCCAGCAAAUAAAUCCAACAUAAUGUCAGCAGAGGAUUCUUUUAAAAAAUCAACUGAAAAUCCAGUGAAAGAUUCUACUAACAUUCCAUCAGAGGAAACCCAUGAAAUUCCAGUGACUGCCUCAGCUGAAGUUGCAGAAACAGACUCAAAAGAAGGCAUUUUACCCGAGGAGUCUGGAGAUGCCCUAGAAGAUACUAAUGAUGCUAAGAGUGACAUUCCAGCUGUAGACUCUAGUGAAGUUGUAACACUGACACCCAGUGAGUUACCAUCAGCAGGCUUCAGUGAUGUUUCAUUAGAUAAGACCAAUAAGAUUCCAUCACUAGAUUCCAGUGAAGUUCCACAGGGUGACAAUAAUAGGAGGAAAAAUGACAAGGAAAUCAAGAAUUCCUGUGAAAUUCCUGCAGUGAAUUCUGUUGAAGUUCUUGCAAAGCGCCCCAGACAGACCUCAGAGCAGGGUGGUAAUGAAGCCUCAGUGGAGAACUUGGAAGUAGUUCCUAAAGUUGCCAGUGUUGCUGAAGUUGCCAAUGUUUCUGAAGUUGCUAGAGUUGCUGGAGAAUGCCAUCCGAAUGAUUGCAGGGAAGCCACAUUGGAUUCUAGCACAGCUUCACAACAGGAUGUAGUAGUGAAAGGCAGUGAUCAAGUGUCAGCAGACAGGCCACAGAAACCCCCAGAGACAGACAUGAGUAGUGUUUCUUUGCCAGGUGUUUCUGCACCAGUUCUGAACGAAGGGGAUGAAAUUGCCAAUGUGACUUCCUUGUCAGAUUCAGCCAUGGAAUCAGAAAAAGAUACCUCAGAAAGGUCUAGUGAAGCUUCAGACAAAGAAAUUUCUUCUAAUAAAAGUCAAACUCAUGACAGUUCCUCACUAACAUCUCUAGAGGAAUCUAGUAACUUAUCUAAAGAUUCCAGUAAAAUGCUUCCAUGCAAGGAUACAGGACUAGCAUCAUCAGAGAAUUCUGUUGAAGUUCUUGCAAAGCGCCCCAGACAGACCUCAGAGCAGGGUGGUAAUGAAGCCUCAGUGGAGAACUUGGAGGUAGUUGCUAAAGUUGCCAGUGUUGCUGAAGUUGCCAAUGUUUCUGAAGUUGCUAGAGUUGCUGGAGAAGGCCAUCCGAAUGAUUGCAGGGAAGCUACAUUGGAUUCUAGCAUAGCUUCACAACAGGAUGUAGUAGUGAAAGGCAGUGAUCAAGUGUCAGCAGACAGCCCACAGAAACCCCCAGAGACAGACAUGAGUAGUGUUUCUUUGCCAGGUGUUUCUUCACCAGUUCUGAACGAAGGGGAUGAAAUUGCCAAUGUGACUUCCUUGUCAGAUUCAGCCAUGGAAUCAGAAAAAGAUACCUCAGAAAGGUCUAGUGAAGCUUCAGACAAAGAAAUUUCUUCUAAUAAAAGUCAAACUCAUGACAGUUCCUCACUAACAUCUCUAGAGGAAUCUAGUAACUUAUCUAAAGAUUCCAGUAAAAUGCUUCCAUGCAAGGAUACAGGACUAGCAUCAUCAGAGAAUUCUGUUGAUAGGUCCUCAGUGGAUUGUAGCAAAACAUCAUUGGAAAAAUCCAGUAAUACUUCAGCCACUGAUUCCUCUAAGGAGUUGCCCCAGGUUUGUGAGAAGGACCCCAGUGAACCUGAGACUCCUAGUAAGACCACAAGUGAAAAAGUAACUAAAGAUUCCAGUGAAAACUCUACUGACAACUUGAAAGAAAUGCUGCCCAUAGAUUGUGAAAUUUCUUCAAAGACUGGUUCUCAAGAACUAACCAAAGACUGUUCUCAAGCAUCAUCCAAGGUGGCAGCUGAAGAGUCCUGUCAGAUGAUAUCCAAAGACAGCUCCUUACCAUCAUCUAAGCCAUCUUGUGAAGUAACUAAUGACACCACUGAAGUACCAAGCAAGAUGUCUUCUGGAGUGUCAAUAAAAGACUCCACUCAAAAAGUAAAGGAGUCUGAAGUAUCAACAAAGGAAUCCACUCGGCUACCAACAAAAGAUUCUCCUGAAAUGUCAGCAGAGGAGUCAUCUGAAACUAUGGAGUCCCAGAAAUCAGCAAAGAACUUGGCUGAAGUAACAACUACAGUCUCUCAUAUAUCCACAAAAGAAACUGUUGAAGUGGCUGUGAAGAAGCCUCAAGUAUCAACAGAGGACUCUCUUGAAGAACCAACUGAGGAAACUCAAAUAACAAAUAAAGACUCCAAUGUAAUACCAUCUAUGGAUUCUCCUCAGGAAUUAGCAAAAGUGUCUCCUCAAAUACCAAAAGAGUCCACUCCGUUACCAGCAAAGGAGUCUACAGUAUCAGCAACUGACUCCACUCAAGUACCAACUAAGGACUCUUCUCAGUUAUCAAAAGAGGAAACAUUACACACUUCACCCAAGAAAUCUCAAAGUGAAGGAGAAAGUCCAGCUUCAGUUUGUACAUCAGAAGAUUUGGAUAGUCAAUUGGUUGAAGAUGGUACUCAGAAGAAAGUGAAUGAUGGAGAUACAUGUAACUCACCUAAAGAUACUACAAUACCAUCCACUGAGAGUAAUUCACAAGAUGUUGCUGAGGUAGAUGAAUUAAGAUCAGUUAGCAAAGAUAGAGAAGAAAAUGAAGAUCCAAAAUCUUUAUCACUGAGAGUGUCAAUUUCAAGAUCAUUUGUUAAAAUUCCUGAUCCUGAUGAGCAGAAUAUGGAAGAAGAUUUGACAGGUAGUAAUAUUAAUAGUAGAUCCACAGCUGAUGUGUCCAGUUCGCCCAAUGCUAGUAUAUCACCCUCUGAAAUCAGUUCAGCAGAAAGUAACCAGAAAUCAUUAGAGGAUGAUCAGAGUGACAACAAAAUCAAAUCCACAAAGACAGUAGGUGAGACCACAAAGAAAGAUUCAGAACUGUCAUGUCAAGGAAUUAAUGAAACCUCACCAGAAAAGGGGAAGAGUAAAGAUGUGCAGGAAAGUAUAGAAGCUAAGAAGUUGACAGCUGUUGCUAAAGAUUCCACCAAGAGUACCUCUGCUUCUAGAAAUGUCACCCCAGAAGCAGACCUAAAACAUUUAAAGUCUUCCAGCAGAGAAUCAUCAGGGACCAAGAAAUCAAAAUCACACGAGUCCAGCAGGAAGAAAAAGGAAGCCUCUCGUAGAAGUACUAGUACAAGCAGUCAUGGAAAUAAAAGUAGAAGCCGGGGAAGUAAGAGUGCGACCAGAGGAAAAGACUCAAGAAAAGAAAAAGUUAAGGCAGAUGUUCCAGCUAAAGAUAGCUUAUCUGAGAAGCAUAAAGAUGAUGAUAACUCAAAAGGUAAGACCUCUUCGAGAAGUGAUUCACAAACACCUGGAGAAACACAUCCUGAAACAUCUUUAGACACGAGCAAGGCAUGCAGUGAUGAUGCUCAGCAGGUCAAGGAACAAGAAUCUAAACUGCCUAAGAAACACAAGAGUGAUAUGAAAAACAAUGAAAGAAAAUCAGAGGCAAGUCAAAAAAGAGAUAGCAAUAAUGGAAAAGAUGGAAUGGAAAAGGAUGCAAAAAUGAAUAGCAAGAGUUUAACCAACAAAGCUUUGCCAAGUUCUAUUGUGAGAGAAAAGUCAUGCACAGAUCAGAAUAAGGAUGGUGUUGUAGAGAGUACAUUGACAUCGGUAAAGAAAGAACCAGAAGACUCCAUUCACACUACAGAAGAUUCAGCAAGUGGUCCAACAUAUCAACAACUUGACUUACUAGCCUGUCAGUUGGAAAGGAAAAGUAAUAAUUCUAAUAAAGACUUACCGUCCAGUGGGAACACCGACAAAGAUACUAGCAAUAAUACAGUAACUGCCCUGCAACAAGAUGAGGGUACAUGCUCGGGAACAGAUUCACCAAAGGCAGGGGAAACGAGUCCUAAGGUAAAGUUGGGUGAUACGCUGAGAGAGAAGGAUGAUAGGAAGACUGUCAACAGUCCUGAUAUACAUAAAACAGGGGAUUUGAAACAAAAAGAUAAAUCUCCUGAUAAAGAAAGAGUUCUGCCAAAGCCUGAUGCAGGGAGAAAGCCACCUGAAAAAUUGACUCCACCAAGGGAAAAAUACAAAUCAGUCUCUUUUGAUGAUCAAGUAGGGAAAGUUGCAUCAGAGCAAGGAAAAUUAAUUGGUGCGGAUAAAGAGAAUGCAAAAUCAAAGAAAAAGGAUGACAAGCUUCAGAAGGAAAAAGAAGAAAGUCCCACUCCAUCAGCUGAGAAAAAGAACACUCCCUCUCCACCAGCUGAAAGAAAAAACACUAGCCAGUCAUCAGGCGGUACACCCAAAAAACGGUUAAUUAGAGAUGAGCGUAAGACUUCAUUUGAUCUAGAAUUAGCUAAAAUAUUUGGAGAAACACGAAGUGAAGUUGUAAGUAAAAAGAAGAAGAAGGUAAUUCACAAGGUGAAAAAAGAUUCUUUGGUGAAAGUGAAGAAAAUCCACAAAACUACUAAUCAAGAAUGCAGAGAGAAAGAUAAAACAAGCUCAAAGGCUCCUUUACAAAAAGAAAAGCAGGCAUCAUCAAGCUCAAAUAAAGAGAGAAGUAGUGAAACAGUUGCUUCAGAAAACAGCAAGAAUGUGGUCCUAGUUGAUGACAAAGAACACAGUGUUAAAACAUUGGAAGCCAAAGUAAAGCAGCAUGGCAAAGAACAGGAUAGUACCAAAACAACUGAAAGCAAAAUUCAGCAGCACAGCAACAAAACAUCUGAUGGCAAGGUUCAGAAGCAUAGUGUCAAAGCAACUGAAAGCAAAAUUCAACAGCAAAGUACCACAUCCCUUGAAGACAAAGAGCAGCAGUGUAGUGCUAAUACAUCCGAAGACAAAAUCCAACAGCAAAGUGUCAAAUCAUCUGAUGGCAAAGAACAGAAGCAAAGUGCUAAGUUAUCUGAAAGCAAAAUUCAACAACAUAGACUAAAGACACCUGAAGGCAAAAUUCAGCAUAUUACCAAAACAUCAGAAAUUAAGGAAAGGCCAAGUACCAAAACAUCAGAAGUUAAAGAAAAGCAAAGUACCAAAACAUCAGAAGUUAAGGAAAAGCAGAGUACCAAAACAUCAGAAGUUAAGGAAAAGCAAAGUACCAAAACAUCAGAAGUUAAAGAAAAGCAAAGUACCAAAACAUCCGAAGUUAAGGAAAAGCAAAGUACCAAAACAUCAGAAGUUAAAGAAAAGCCAAAUACCAAAACAUCUGAGAAUAAAGAAAAACAAAGUACCAAAACAUCAGAGGUUAAAGAAAAGGAAAGUUUCAAAACAUCUGAAGGUAAAGAAAAGAAAACUACCAAAACAAAUGAAGGCAAAGUUCAACACCAUAAUCUUAAAGCAGUUGAUAAUAAAGAACAAGCUGAAGCUGCCACAGCAAAUUCUAGCAGGGAUAGUGGUGAAAAGGAUUCAAGUCCCGAGAAAAAUAAUCAGACUGUGUUACAAGGCCAUAAAAAUAAUGAAGCACAAAUUACAACUAUUUCCCCAAAAGAUACAGUAGAAAUGAUAUCCAGUAAAGAAAAAACAAAAACAGCUGAUGAAAGCCCAGGGGAAACGAACAUAGAAUGUUUAGAAGGGAAAAUUUUGCUCAUCACAAGGAAUGCCAGCAAAGUAGACCUCGGCAAGAAACACGUGAGCCGCUGGGAUGUGGUCAACAAGGUGGAGAAGGGGGAAAAAGUUCAGCCAGUGCCAGAUCAAAGUUGUACAACCACUGUCAAAAAGAGGAGCCGAUGGGAUCAGAUGGAAAAGGAGAGCAGUAGAUGUGUAUCAGAAGAACCAGAUAGGAAGGAAAGUGUGAGUGGGGAGGAGGAGAAGAACAAGGCAAAAGAUAAAACUUUAAAUGUGAAAGGAGAUCAUCAGGAAUCAGCAGAUACUCAAGAUGAGUCUGCAUCCAUGUCUAAGAAACUGAAAGUGGCUGAACUAUUUGCUGACAAGAAUAAGAAGCUUCAGAAGACCCUAAAUGAUUUGUUUUGUGAAGAAACUCCAGCUGGGAAUGAUGGGGACCAGACAUCAGUAGCCUCCGAUCAACAAAGAAAAUCCAAACCCAAAUUAAGAAAAACUUUAACAGAUCUUUUUGGCAAUCUAUCUUCAUCCUUCUGUGAUGAUGAGGAAGAAGAUGAGGAAUAUGAGCCUAGUGCUGACUUCCAAAAUAAACGUGGAACGCUGAAUAGUACAGACAGUCUGCCAGAAGUAGGAGGAGGAGAGUAUGAACCAAAAUCAUUAAGCAAAAUUAAUACAGUUGAAGAAUAUGAUCCAAAAUCUUCGCAGAAAAUUUCAUUGAAACCAGCUUACGAGCCCAAGUCAACAUCAAAGCCAGUUUCAGAGACUGAGUAUGAACCACAGCCAAUAUCAGCAGUUGUCAACAAACCAGAAUACACUCCAAAACCAAUUAACACGGAUACUGCAAAGACUGAGUACGAGCCAAAACCUAUCUCAAAAGCUCUCCCAAAGCCUGAGUACAAACCCAUGUCUGUGUCAAAGAGUUCAUCUUCCAAGAAAAGUUCUGAGAAUGCCUCAAAGACCGCGGCUGAGAAACAAAGUGACAACGGAGGAUUGGUGGCUCCAAAGCACGAUUCAAAGUCAAAGCCAGGAUGUGAUUCACAGCCUACUAGAACAUCAAAAGGUGAUGAUAGUUCCAAGACCUCAAAGGGGGAAUCAAAAAUGUCUGACUCAAAAUCUUCGAAGAAGAGCUCAGAUACGGAGGACCUGAAGACUCCUAAAGGGAAUUCAGAUUUAGAACAGGUUCUGAAAGCACUGAAAACUAUAUCGAAGGAAGAUUCAAAAUCUAAGACAGCAUCAAAAUCAGAACAAUAUUCAAAAUCCAAACCUACAUCAAAAUUGGAACAUGAUUCAAAAUUGAAAUCAAAGUCAAAAUCAGACAAUACUUCAAAAGAACGAGAAAUAACUUCCAAAUCAUCAAAAGACUCAAGAUCGAAGUCAGAGAAAGAUUCGAGACCAUCCAAAGGGAGUUCCCGGUCAGAACAUGAAUCAAGACACAGCUCCUCAAAGAGAAAAUCAGAUACAAGGCAUGAACCAUCAAAGAAAGCCACAAGAACGAGUGAAUCCUCACAGACUUCAAAAAAGCCAUCAAAAGAUGAACGUGAUUCUAAAUAUGUGAAGGAGACCUCAACAUCUCACUCCGACUCAAAAUCCAAAAGUCUGUCAAAUUCUGAUUUUAAUUUAAAGUCCACAAAAAGUAAUAUAAAGUCUGAAGUUGAUGGAAAGAUGUCAAAGGCUUCUGACCCAAAGUCCUCAAAAGACGUGUCAAAAACGGCUCAUUCAAAGCAUUCAAAAGCCCCUUCAAAAUCAGAUUCCAGCUCAAAAUCUUCAAAAGAUUCCAGAAGACCAGACAGUGAACCAAAAUCUAAAGGGAUGUUUAAGGGAGAAAAUGCAUCUCCAAACACCAAAGAGCAAAUGAAAUCGGAGAAUGCAAAAUCAGCAAAAAUGUUGUCAAAAGAUCCAUCCAAACCAACAAAACAUCAGAUGGAUUCAAGUGAAACUGCCUCUAGAGAGUUACCAACAUCAGACAAAGAUUCCAAGUCAUCUAAAAGAACAGGCUCAGAUCAGUUGAAAAAGUCCAAUAAAGAUGCUAAAACAUCCAAGGAAACUAACCAAACCUCUGUGGCAAAAGAGAGUUCAAGUUCUCAGACAUCUUUGGAGAUAAAAUCAUCUAAAAAAUUGUUAAGUCCUUCAUCAAAAGAAACUAUGAGUGCAGGAGAUAAACCAUCAGGAGUUGCAACAGCCAAACCAGAGGAAGAAAUGAAAUCCAAAGACUCAAAAUCCGAAAAACACAAAACCAAAGUUAGUGCAACUGUUCCUUUAUCAGAGUCUGACUCUUCAUCCAAAAAAGACCCUUCAAAGUUAAACCAGAAUGUUGUGCCGUCAGAGAACACAAAAUCAAAAGGAGAACAAGAUAUGAAGAACAGCAACCGAACAUCUGCAAGUUCUCAAAGUAAAGGUAAGAAAGGAGAUGAUGAUCAGUAUGUACCAAAAGCACUCUCAAGUGAAAAAAGACGAGCCAAGUACAUUCCUCAGGCAUUAACUUUACCAACCAAUAACAUAAUUGAAGAGGAUGAAUACAGUCCCCUCCCAGUUGGGCUUGAUAAACCAACACCAGAGUACAUUCCAAGUGAUAUCUCUGAGAAGUCUACACAUUUACCGCAAGAAGAGGAAUAUGUCCCGCAGCCAGCCAAAGUUAUACCUUAUGGAGCUGGUGCUUCAACAUCCGAGGACACUAACAAAAAAGCAAUGGAUCCACAGUCUGACCAGCAACUAGUAGUCACUCACAGCAUUGACAAAGUUAUCCCAGGGUUUUAUCGUGAGCAGGAGGGUGGUGACAAUAGCCAGGGAAAUAAAGAUGCUAACUCAGGGAAGAAAAGUAAAGACCAGGACCAGUCUGGUAGUGGAUCAUCAAAGAAGAAUGGGGCUAGAAAGCUAAAGCCAAAAGUGCCAGGGCCUGGUGCUGCUUCAGGAGGUUCAAAAGUACUAGUGUAUGUUCCACCACCACCAACCUAUGAACAUAUUGUAAACACCCUAGCAAAUUAUGAUAUUCCUGAAGUAGUCCAUCCAACUGCUUUUUGUAGCAAUCCAACUGAUGUACCACCAAAAAGUUUAGAAAUUGGAGGCAAAGUUCUUAAAUUGCAGACAACAGUGACGUCAGAUUUAGAUGACUUUGAGGGCCGCUUUCAAGAGGAUGGGCUGUAUAAUUGGCGGUUGCUUUUGAAUACCUUAAAUUCAGAAGUGUCAGAGCAAGUUGUUCACGAUCCACAUAUGAUAAAGACUCAAGGGAGUGCUAAGUCUGCAAUACUAACACCAUUGAGAACUCCACCAUCACCAGCAGAUGUAACAAAGUGGCUGAAAGCAAGGAAAAUCAUUAAGACAAUCAAUGAGGGGAAAGGUGAUGAAAGUGAUGAUGAUGAAAAUGAUGGAGGUGAUGAUCCAUCAUCAUCUUCAAAAGAUAAGCAGAGGAAGUCAGAGGAUAAUGUAGGUAGUUCUUCAUCAGAUAAAGGAACAAAAGAAACAACACAAAGUGAGUCAUCAGGUGAGAAGACAAAAGGUCUGUCCAAAAAGUGCGUAGAAAAUGUUAUAUUUAGCACCAGCACCCCCCAAUCACAGAAGUUCUCAGGCCUUAAGUCGCUGCAGCUCACACCUAUAGGAGAGACCAAAAUAUCAGAAGAGGGUGCUGCAGUGGGAAAAAUUCCAUCAGCAAUAUCAGGCCAGAGGAACACAAAACGUAGAGUUUCAUGGGAAAAUGAGGCGCCACUCACAACAGUUACAGGCGAACCCAAGAGGAGACGAGUUUCUUUUGAAGGAAUGUCAGACACAGACCUAGGUGUUCAGAGGCUAGACCGGGAAGGUAGUCAAAAGAAGGAAAAGUUUGGUAGUCUUGAAUUGGUUCCAGAGGAGAUACAGGAGUCUACAGAAGCAAAUAUGCCACCAAAGCAACAUCAGCUAAAAGGAUCAACCCUUCCUACUACCAGUGGAACAACAGGUCCUGGAAUGAAGAAAGGGGACGAUCUUCAAGGUGGAACAGAACAGUCAGAGAAGAACAAACCUCCCCAGAUGUCGGAGGUGGGGGCAGACCUCUCGCUUUCUGACACUGAGGACUUCAUUGACAGUUCUCAGCCUCCUGUGUCACUUACUCCAUCCGUCCCAUCAAAGAUUGCAAGACAAGGUAGUCAGCUUAGCAGUGAUUCCAGUCUACGUAGACAACUAAUGGACACACAAUUUCGCCAACAGUUUCUUAGCUUUUCUGAAGGACUAACAUCAUUAUCACAGGGUAUAGAAGGUCCAACUUUGAACAACACUUAUGGGUUUAAAUUCUCAUCCCAAAACCUGCGUGAAGCGAAGGCACUCCACGAGGUUCACCACUCGGCAUCAUUCUGUGUUGCUGUGCAUUACACCACAGCACAUGUCACAUCACAUUACACCCCAGCCAAUCCCAUAGCUAUAUGCCAUACCUUUUCACCUCCACAUCCCUACCAAUACCCACACCCCAAUCAAACCAGACUCUUGAACUAUAUUUGUGCUCUGGUAGUAAGCAGUGGAGGCUGUGACCUGAUCACACGGUGUGGCAUCACUGAUCUCUCUGUACUUCAUGUUGAUAGCGAGAUUGAGAUAUUUAAAGAAGUUGUCAAGUUGGUUACCACCUGGGAUCCAGAUAUGUUAGUUGGAUAUGAGGUACAGAUGUCAUCUUGGGGUUACUUGCUUGAGAGAGGAACAGCACUGAAGCUGGAGAUCAUCUCACAGCUCUCUCGCGUUCCCGAAGGUAGCUCCAGUCACUUUGCCGAAGACAUGGACGAGUAUGGUGCUGACCACACCUCACAGAUCCAUGUUACUGGCAGGAUUGUCCUCAAUGUUUGGAGAUUAAUGAGGGCAGAGGUGGCCCUUCAGAGCUACACUUUAGAGAAUGUGGCAUACCAUGUUCUUCACACCAGAAUUCCGCAUUUUCCUCACGACUCUCUGAGGAGGUGGUGGUCGGAGGAUGCAACAAGAUGGCGCACCCUGGAGCACUAUCUAAAUCGCUGUAGUCUCACAAUAGAACUGCUACACCGGUUAGAUCUUAUUCAUCGUACAGCAGAACUGGCAAGGGUGUUUGGAAUUCAGUUCUAUGAUGUAUUGGCUCGUGGAUCACAGUAUCGUGUGGAAUCAAUGAUGCUGCGUCUAACGAGAGGUGCCAACAUGGUGGCAGUCUCUCCCAGCAUCCAGCAGAGGGCUGCCAUGAAAGCCCCUGAGUGGAUUGCUCUCACCAUGGAACCAGAAUCAAGAUUCUACACAGAUCCAGUUGUGGUGCUAGACUUCCAGAGUCUCUAUCCUUCCAUGAUGAUUGCAUACAACUACUGCUACUCAACAUGCAUUGGACGGAUCAACAACCUAGAUGGUCCACAGCCUAUUGAAUUUGGAACAUCCCACCUCAGGGUCAGUCCACAGGAGCUCUCCAAGUUUGUGGAUAAG